UCCGGCCGUUCCGUGCUACGACAUGUACAUGAUCCGCUAUGUUGGCACGAAGGAGUCGUGGGCUACGAAGCUGACGUCUUCGAGUGCAUCGCUGCCUCCCUACUCGUCGGGCAAGACUGGCCCUGACGUCUACAUGAUCUGGUGGUACGCUCACCACGGCCGUAUCGCGUUCGACGGCAAGAACUGGGCCGCGUACUUCGGUGCCGCCAUCUCCACGUCGGAGGGUGGCUGCAUCAACAUUCACCAGGGUGACCGCAUGAAGGUGGUUGACGCUACGGGUAAGAUCACGGCGGACGAGGACUCGUUCGACUGGGGUUGCUCGCACUCGGCUUACGAGCGUAUCACGUACGACCACCGCACGGACAGCUACGCGACUAUCUGUAAGACGGACAGCAACAACCGUAUCAUGCCGCCUAAGGACUGGGGCACAACGAUCUACCCGGUAGACCUGGGUGCUGCCAACUUGGGCGACAUCGUGCCGGACUCGGACGCUUCCAGCAAGAAAUACUGGGCUACGGUUAGCAACGGCAACGGCGACAACGCCAAGGUGCACCUGAUCCACUUCGCCAUGAACGCGGCUGCCAGCGAGGACAUCACUCUGGGCGGCACGGACGCCAACGAACGUGCGCCUCACCUCGCGCAGAUCGGCAGCGGCGGCAUGCUGGCUGUGUGGGAGGGCAGCUCGUCGGGCGGCGACUUCAUGGAGGGCGGUGACCGCACGAUGUACGCGCAGGUGCUGGACGCUUCGUCGGGUAAGGCCAUCAGCGACAAGGUGACGGUGGACAAGUCCGUGGUGGGCAACCGCUACCAGGCAUUGAAGACGUACCCGGAUGGCAGUGUGGCAUACCUGUCGAAGGGUAAGACCGGCAGCUCGCUGCAGGUGGUUCGCUUCUUCGGGUGCUAAGAAAAUCGGAGACGAUAUACAACUUUGAAUGUAUAGAUGUCUGGUUAAAAAA